GCCAGCAGCGCAGCGCAGAGCAGCUACAUGUACAGCUGGGAGCAGCCGCUUCAUCUGUGCAGUGUGCAUCUACAUGUCUCUCUACGAGACGAGACGUCUACAGUGAGCUGGACAGUAGCUUUGUGUCUAUCGUGAAACUGCGAUAGCACAGAGACAGACACACACAUGCAGCGAGCAUUGGUGCAGGUUUGUGUCUCGUCCGUGUGUGGGUGCGUGUGCUGACCUCCAGGCAGCAUACAUCAUGAACAUCAGAAUGAUACCGAGGAAACCACUCACACACCUGACACACAGAGACAACACACACACACACACACACACUCGUGUGUCUCCUGUCCCUUCCCGCACCUCCCUCCCUCCCCCCCUCCCUCCCCCCUCUGACUGACUGACUGACUGACUGACCAGCACAUGCUGAUGAGCAUGAGUGAGGGGACGACCUCGCCACACAGCCCCUCCAACAUGCCGUUCAUCCCACGAUAGAUGAACUUGCAGUUGAUGGCGUCCAGCAGGUCGCUGACUUUGUCCAGUGUGUCGUCGAGCAGCGCCCGCAGCUGCACAUUCAGCUCGUCCGUCGCGUCGCUCACUUGAGUGUCCAACGUCACGCCCUGCACUCACAUCACAGCCAGGCAUGGCAUGGCCUGGACGGACAAUCCCCAUGUAUGUGUUGUGCAUUGCAUCGUGCGUGUACGGCUGUCUGUAUGGGAACGGCGAGGUCUGUGGUGACAAAGGUGCUCCACUGUCUGUUGGCCGGGUUGGUGUCGUUAAAUCUGCACAUGGACGUGGGCGUAACGUCGCCGAAGGCGCUGCAGUUGAAGUGCGUCACCGCAUCGUCACGCAGACCCUAAUCAUCCACGACCCCACACACACUGGUCUGUCUGUCUGUCUGUCUGUGUGUUACUCACGGCUUUUGUUCUCAUCCAGAAGAGCAUGUUCUGGAAGUCUGUCGCCUGAACGGAUAACGGAUACAUGUGGACUUUAUCUGCACAAUAGUCAGAGAUUUGUAUGUCUGCUCGCUUACGUCAGCAGCCGGGAAGUAGCCAAGGAUAUUGCUGACCAGAGGAUUCUAGAGACACGCACAGAGGAAAACAUCGCCAUGAGGUCAUUGUCCUCAUUUGUCGGUCCUUUCUGUGUGCGCACGCACGGCGUUGGUGUGGUCGAAGCUGCGUGUGAUCCGAUAAUCGGCCGCAUUACCCUCACUGUUGUUGAACUGCGACGGGAUCCCAGACGCUGACAGCAAAAGAAAGACACACACAACUUUUCCUCUUCCCUCUCCUGGCUAUGCGCAUCUGUCUGUACGGUGCAUGACGUCCAUGUAGAAGAACUUGUCGUAUUUGAGGCUGUCGGGCACAAACGGAUUGGGGUUCAGCACCUCAUUCAACAAGUCGCGGUUGACCCUCUCCAGUGUACUCAGCCCUGACCAGACAACACAUCCACGUAUUAAAGGUGUCUCCUUUCUCUGUCUGCGUCGUGUUGUGUGUACCAGGUACGACGUCGAAGGAUAUGCCUCCGCUGGGUGAUGGGAGUGCGGCGAGUGCGUCUGCGUCAGUGAUGGUGCCGUUGACGUUCUGGAUGCCCACUCCCUUGACGAGGUCGUAAGUCGGAUAUGUCUAGCCGCACAGCAGACAGGGACAUCCAGCGAUGUCUCUCCCUCAACCGUGUCGCCUCACACUGUCGAAGACGUUCUCGUCUGUGAGCAUCAGCCACCCAAACUGUUGCGAGAACGUCACCAACUGAGCGAACGACAAAAGCCAUACACUGAUGAAGGUCGUUUGUUAUCAGGUUCGUUACAGUGUGUCCGCACCUACCGUAUCAACUUCAGUGAGGUCGACGGACUGGUUCUGCUGCGCCGCCAGCUCGUCGAAUUUCUGAUCGAUCUGCUCCUCGAAAUCCAAAUCCCCUGAUAAGGCAGACAGCCACACACAUACACAUACACACACGGGGUGAGCUGCUUCCAUGCUGCUGACCGACCGACCUGUGAGAUUCAGGGCCUCCAUCAGAUCACCCGAGCCGGCCGGCGUCAAACACUGACAGAAAAGAGCGGCCACGAGUGAGACAUGGAAUAGAUAAUUGUCACACAGAUGAGCGUGGACGGGUGGAUGGGUGGGUAUACCGUGAUCAUGAUGUCGAGCGUCUGGUUGUCGAGCUUGAGAGUGUCGCCCGUGCCGUAUGUAUUCCAGCCCUCAGUCGUCAACAAGUCCUCGCGCACGAAGUUGCACACGCUGCCCAAAGCCACCGACAGGAACAGCAGGAACCCCGCCACUAUCAACACUGGUUGGUUGGAAAGACAGACACAUAGAAUGAAGGGAUGUGUGUGCACGCGCUCCUAGCGAUACAAUACCGAUGCUUGAGCAGAGUGCGAAGCAGCACCAGACGCAGCAUUGGGGCAUGGCGAUGGGGAACUUCUUGUUGGAGCACUUGGCCAGCAGCAACGCACCGAUCCCCACAAACGCUAUCACCUUCACACCCCACACACCAGCAUACACAUCCUUGCAAGUGUCUUCCUUUCACCAUUGUCGUCUGAUCGACCGACCGUGAAUACGACGGACACAGUGAUCAGGCCUGCCCCCAUUUGAAGCCUUCGCUGGUCCACCUGCACACACAGAAAGAGAGAGCAUUAGAAGAGACACGACGGCUGGGAGUGCGUACCAUUUCCCUCUGGUCGACAAGAAUGUCUGUGACGACGUCAUUGAAGGAUUUCUCGGCAUCUUCCAGCGGCUCCAUCGCAUCAUCCAGCGCUGAAUUGAUGUCCUGACCACAUGCAUGCGCACCCCCGCACAGAUUGCAAUGCAGGUGAGUGUGUGAAGGUCGCGCGAAGCCACCGACCGUGAGUGUGGAUGAGUUUUGUCCGAGGUUAUUGUCGACUAUUUCGCGCACAUCGGCCAGCGCUUUGGUAAUGCCCUGCAAGCACACACACGUGAGUGAGUGAGUGAGUGAGUGAGUCGAGGUCUCUGUGUGUCCUGCCUGCCGACCGAUUCGAGGUCCGCGAGUGAGCUGCUGAUGAGGCUGGCGGCCUCCUCGCAGAAAAGACACUUAUGCUGCUCGGCAGACACUAUCAGAGCGUUGCUCUCCAAAGUCUGUGGGCCGACACGCAACAGGUCGCCCGCUGGCUGGUGUCUCCUCCCUCUCUGUCGCGUACCUACCGUCUGCAUGUGUGAGAGGCGCCCUAUAAGUGAGUCCUUUGCUGACAAAAGGACAAGAGAAAUACAUCUUGUGUAGGCUGGCUGGCUGGCUGUCGAGUGUGAGGCGCGGGAGUGGCGCACUUUGUGUGAAGUCGAGCGUGUUGUCCAGGAUGGUGUUGAUGUCGGUGAUCAGCUGACCCGUGGGAGUCAGGUCAUCCUUCAGACCAUUCAAGCUGCACGCAGACACACACAAUAUGCAACCUCUCCGUCACGUGACGUGGCCACUCUGAUGUGUACCUGUCGAUGGCUCCCUUCACGCCUACCAGACGACAGAACACAUCACACGAGUGAACGGGCGGCUCGACUUGGUGUCUGGGUGCGCUUACCGAUGAAUGGCUGGCUGGUGUUCUCGGCCGAACCGUACAGAGCUGGACUCACACACGCACACACACAGACGGAGACAAUCGCUGGAACAAUUACUGCCCUUUAUUAGUGCAUUGGCCGGCCGGACCCUCGUCAGCAAAGUUGAACACGGCGCACAUGGUGUUGCCAAUGCUGCACACCGCACCCGCACAUCCACACACUUGUAUGCGGCCCCCCCACCCACUGACCCGUUUCUGAAGUCCUCGAUGUAUCGAAUUGACAGAAAGGCGAAGAUCAGCAGACAUAGCGUGAGGAAGCCGUACAGCACCAGAAACACCAGCCCGCUCAGACACGAACCCUGUGGCACUUCACGAGGCUCCUUGCAGCACGGGCACCGCCUGCAUGCAUUCGCGCAGGGGGUGGGGCCCGUAUGUAUGUGUUGACUUCCCCUCUUUUACACACCUCCUGCAUCCUCUGCAGCAGAAUGCGCAACAGAGCCCCGGCCAGACCACACCCAACAACACCAGGCCAAACACUGCCGGCACCAUGAAUGACCUGAUCGAUUGACGCACACAACUCAGCCGGUUUGGAGAGAAUUUUGCCCUAUCUGUCUCUCUGUAUAUCUGUGAUGCGGUGACUCACGCGAGUUUCAUGCCGAAUGCCUGUCCGUUUGCUUCGGGGUCGUCAAUCACAUCGGCAAUCGCACUUGUCCCGCCUGAGUGAGGGACACACCACACAGCAGCAAGUCAGCCAGCCAGCCAGCAAGCCACCAAAGCAAUUGACAGAGGCCCAUGUUCCUUUCUCCUUACUCAUCCACUUGUCGACCAGUUCCAAGGCCUUCUUGCCCUUGUCGCUCGUACCGUUGAGCCUGCCGGUGAUCUAUCAAACACACGGACGACACGACAAGCGAGCUUACACACUCCAGAGUGGCCAACCGGCCGGCUGGCCCAUCAUUCAAAGCUCACGAUCGUGGUGGCCUCAUUGCACACGUCGUCCCUCUCCUUUCGCAGCUUGUCAGCGUCCUCGUCGGUCGUCCCAUCUGACACACAUCAGCCAGCCAGUCAGUCACGGCAGGACCAGUCUCUCAAAUCUGUCGGGAAUAGCCGGCGUCACUGUCAGAAUUGAGGCGUCGGAGGGCCCCUCUGAGGCCCGUGUAAGCAUCCUGAGCCUUCAACAGCCACCUCAAAGGCAGCCUAUCAAUCACCUCCAGACCCAGCUGCACCAAAGACACACAGUCGUGCGACCUUUAAUGCAUGUCGAAUGUGAUUCAUGUUUCCCAACCUGUCGGGUGCGUGCGUAGCUCUCCUUCUUGGCGCGAUACUCUACCUCAAAGUGCUUCAGAACACACGACAAUGCGUUUAUCGAGUUGC